AUGGCCGAGUGGCAUCGUCAAGUUCUGGACCAGGACAACUAUAGCGAUGAUGAUCUAGCCUUCAUAGGUUCGGACUUGUUCACCCCGUUCAAUCUCUCUUCGCCAGGCUCGUUCUGCAGCUCCGGCCCGGGUUUUCCCAGUCAAGGUUCCUCGCAAGCUGGCCAAGAUAGAGAAGGUAGCCCCUCUGGCGCAUCGUCACUGUUCAAUGAGCCGGUGAUUUCAUUGCCCGUCGUGGUGCAAGGUCAGGUCCGAGCCACUGGAACCACCGGCUCAUUAGGCACCCAAGGGUCCAGGUUGGCAUCAAGCGCAAUUGCAUCAGGCACGAACGCAAAGACAUUCUAUGAGAGUCAGUGGGCGACCAGGAAUGAUCAGACCUCCUGGAAGGAGUGUAGCAGUCAGCCAGUCAGCCGAUUGUCGGAAGAGCGGGGCGUUGAAUGGCCGCAGCGUCAUUCACUGGCAGGCCAGCCUUUCAUCACAGCGAACGUAUUAUCGAAACUGCCAGAGGACUUUUUCUGGAAGAACGUGGGGAAGGAUCUCAGUGUUUCGCCCCAUCACUUGAUUCCCCGCCCACUUCACCUUCACGCCCUAGAACCGAAUCGGGAAGCACUUCUUAUAGGCUCCGGACUCACCACCAGCCCUCUGCUUAUAAUAGGCACCUCACAAGUACAUGAAGAGAGGCACGCAGCAGAGAAUCUGAGACAGGCGUACUCUAGUACGAAAACACAGCAUCUAGGACUCAGUUCGAACCUCGAUCUGGAGAUCCGUUUAUGGUCCACAUGUAUCAGUCCCAUUGCGCAAGACACACUAUCAGUUAGGAUUUCUUCGCGCACAUUCCUGAAUACCAAGGCAACGCUGGAGCUAGUCGAAAUGGCUGGUGGUGCGAAUAAGUUGGCCAAAAAGACACGCGGCCAGCGGACCAGUCCCUCUUCGCUGGGGUCUGCUACUGUUCACCAUCAUGGCCCUGUUGAAGGCUCAGGCACAGACGUUGGGAGACUUUCAGCAGCUGCCGCCACUCAUUUGCAGGAUGGUGCUAGACCAAGGUCCACCGAAGCAGAUGAGAUUAAUCCCACUCGAAGGUCUUCUGGAGAGGUGAUUUCGCGUGGUACACAGACUGAACCUGUUCGUCUACUACCUGCGCAAAUCUAUGAAGGAGCAGUCCCCUAUCAGGCUUUCAAUGGCCCGCGAAAUGCCCCGACGGAGCCACAGAGAUUCCACCAACGUAAUCUUUAUCGUGGGAACGAGACUCGGAGAAGGCCCACAGCGCGGGAGGCGCCCACCAUUUCAGGGCUGCUUCGAGAUAUACCCCAGAUGGCGUACGUCCAGAGGGGUCAGAACGCCAGUAGAGCCAAUGCAGUUGCUUCUAUACCGUCUGUAAACCCACCGGUGCAAGGUGGUAUAGGAAGAAUGGCAGGUCCACAUGGCGAUAACCGAGCGUCGGUCCACCCGCGGCUAGUGGAGGCCAGAGAUUUCCAAACCUACAUCAACUUCAUGUUGGAUGAAGUCCACGACAACACUGAGGAUGGGUUCGAGGACAUCGGAUCGAUUCUGGGGUUCCCGAGGGUCUAG